CGUGAAUCCACGCUUAUGGAUGACGUGCAGAUUGUAAACGGCGUUGAAUAUGAGAGUGAAACAGAUAGUUUAUCAGUCGGUGAGUGUAUUGACUCUGAUGGAUUGUUCAUGAGUCAUAUCGAAUGGGUACAAAAUCAAAGGAAAAAACACUUUGAAUUGCCUGAAACUGUCAAUGUUAUUGAAUGUGAGAAUCAAUGCAAGGUGUAUUUAAUCGGGACUGCACAUUUCAGUGAAGAAAGUAUUGCUGACGUCAAAAAGGUUAUGGAACAAGUACAUCCUGAUAUCGUUAUGCUGGAACUCUGUGCUAAUCGAAGUCAUACUUUGACAAUGGACGAAGAAAAUAUCAAAAAGCAACUUAGGGACAUUAAUAUAACGUCGAUCAUUCGAAAGCAUGGUGUCAGUUCAGGCGUUUUACACUAUCUCUUGCUUCGACUAAGUGGUUAUUUAGUUGAUACUCUUGGAAUGGCACCUGGUGGAGAGUUCAGAGCCGCCGCCAAAGAGGCGAUGAAGCAGCCUCACUGUCACGUUGUUCUAGGAGACCGUCCUGUAAACAUUACACUUUAUAGAGCUUUGGAGGCGUUGGGUCCAUGGACUAAGCUCAAGUUUUUUGUUGCUCUUCUCUUCAGUUUCCAACCCAUUACGAAAGAACAAAUUGAGGAGAUGAAAAAAACAGAUUUUCUGGAAAAACUGUUAGUUUCCAUGGCUGGCGAACACCCUGAACUAACAAGGAUAUUAUUAGAUGAACGAGAUCAAUAUCUAGCUCGUUCCAUUUGGGAGGCUACUGGAAUGGAAGAAUAUUUAAAAGCACAAACACUAAAGCCGGAUUUUACUUCUGAGAUACACAAUCCGUCAAAUAUUGAAGAGUCUGUUGUGCAACACCGUAAAAAUAUUGAUCAGUCUAAUGACUAUUCACCAGAUGGAAUUGCUCACAGUUCUGGACGAGAUAAUUCCUUUAAUGAUCCCUCUCCUCCGCACCUGAGUUGUUGUUCGCACUGGCCACCGACCAGUAUAUUGCCAAGAGUUGUUGUCGCUGUUGUCGGAAUAGGUCAUGUGGCUGGGAUCCGCAAAGUCUGGUCAACAGUUGACACAAUUAAAAAACAUGAAUUAUGCGUACUACUUGAACCUCCUCUUUCCUGGCGCAUAUUUAAGUGGUCGUUGCGAGGAGUUUUAGUUUCUUUAGUUGUUGGAGUUGUUUAUGGUGCGUGUCGGUGUUCAUAUAUUUUUGGUUCUUUUGUUUAUAAUCGACUUUUGUAA